GCUUUUCUUUUGAAGGCAAGAGAGAGAGAGAGAGAGUGUCUCAUGGGCAAUUGCUUCCAAACUCGUUCGAAAGUGGACAGCUCGUUGAGCUUCCAGCCAACUUCAGGAGCUGCAAAUCUUCCGAAUAGAGAUCAUCCUUCUGCUUCUUCAAGUCUGAUUAAAGCUGAUAGUGAAAAAAGUGUAUCUGGAAAUCGCUCAGCUGCUAGAACUGAAAGUGAUAUAUUGUCAUCCCCCCAUCUAAAAGCAUUCACAUUUACUGAGCUAAAAAAUGCUACUAGAAACUUUCGUUCAGAUUAUCUCAUUGGGGAAGGUGGGUUUGGAUAUGUUUACAAGGGAUGGAUGGAUGAGCAAACCCUUGUACCUGCAAGGCCUGGAUGUGGAAUGGUUGUUGCCGUGAAGAAGCUGAAACCUCAAGGCUUUCAGGGUCAUAAGGAGUGGCUGAGUGAAGUUAAUUACCUGGGUCAGCUUCAUCAUCCAAAUCUGGUCAAACUUAUUGGAUAUUGCUUGGAAGAUGAAAGUAGGCUUUUGGUCUACGAGUAUCUAUCUAAAGGCAGUUUGGAGAAUCAUCUUUUCAGAAGGGGUGCUCGACCACUUUCGUGGGCAAUAAGGAUCAGAGUUGCUAUAGAUGCUGCUAGAGGCCUUUCUUUCUUACAUGACUCUCAACCACCAGUUAUAUACCGAGAUUUUAAGGCAUCAAAUAUCCUACUAGAUUCGGAGUUCAAUGCAAAACUUUCAGACUUUGGCUUGGCAAAAGCUGGCCCUACUGGUGAUCAUUCUCAUGUUUCUACUCAAGUCCUGGGUACUCAAGGAUAUGCUGCCCCUGAAUAUAUUGCUACAGGUCGGCUAACUGCAAGGUGUGAUGUGUAUAGCUUUGGGGUUGUGUUAGUGGAACUGCUUUCAGGACGCCGUGCUGUUGAUGAAACAAAAAUUGGUGUAGAAGAGAAUCUAGUGGAGUGGGCAAGACCCUUUUUGGGUGAUAGGCGCAAGUUAUUCCGAAUUAUGGAUACCAAGUUAGAGGGUCAAUACCCCCAGAGAGCAGCUUAUACUAUUGCCCUACUUGCAUUACAGUGUAUCAGUGAAGCCAAGAGCCGACCACGAAUGACUGAGGUUUUAUCUGCCCUAGAACAGCUUCCUACCUUCCCUUCCCUUGCUUCCCCAAGAGACGUUCGUUGUUCUUCCCACUCACAGGCACAAGCAGUAGCUAGUCCUAUACCAAAGUCUCCAUUCAGAAAAAGUUACCCUACCUCACCUGCUAAUAUGCCACACAGAGGCUCAUUACUGUCGUUUGAAAUGAAAUAUCCGAGGCAUGCGAAAUCCCCACGGGGACGAAAGUCAUUUGAAAUGAAAGCUCCUGGCAGUGUUAAACCCUCACAGGAACAGCGGCAAUUCGAAAUGAUAUCUCCCCUCCAUGUGAAAUCCCCUCAGGAACAACCGUCAUCUGAAACGAGAACCCCUCACCAUGUGAAAUCACCACCAUCUGGAAUGAAAUCCCCUUGCCAUGAGGAAUCUCCAAAGGGAUGAUGAGCCUGCUCCAGUUUUCCUUUCAUCUUCUCACUGUAUAAUCCGCUUUCUCCUUUCUUCUCUCUUUGGAUGGUAGUUUGUUGAUGUAAAA